AAGUAAAAUAUUUAUUUUAUCCAAUGAAUUCAUUAAACAUACAGUAAAAUAGUUCAAGCUUUUAUUUCUCGUAAUUUACAUGAUUAUGGCUUCCAGGUAAAGAAAACCCAGAUUACUUAGAGAUCUGCCUUCAGGUCAUCUGCCUUGUUGGGUCUGGUGUCUCUCAUCUUCCUCUUGACAACAGCCCAGAGAUUUUUUACGGGGUUCUGGUCAGGGGAGUCUGCUGGCCAAUCAAGAACAGGAACACCAUGGUCAUGAGACCAGUUUUAGGUACCUUUGGCAGUGUACCAAGUCCUGCUGGAAAAUAAAAUCAGCAACUCCUCAAGCCAGGUGGAUUCUGGGCCGCCCCACUCUUCCUCCAGAUUCUGGGAUCUUGAUUUCCAAAUGAAUUGCAGAAUUUAUUUUUAUCUUAAUACAAGACUUUGGACCAUUCUCCUGAGCCCAGGUAAUAUGCUUGUAGCCCAUGUGUAGGAUUCAUCUGUGUAUGGGAGCUUCUGAGGCACUGACUCCAGCCUCAAUCCAUUCCUUGUGAAGCUUCCCUAAAUUCUUGAAUGGAUUUUACUAGGGAUUAGAACUAUUACAUAUAGGGUAAUGUAGUUAUUAUUGCAAAAAAAAAAAAAAAAAAAAAAAAAUUAUAGUGUGAUGGGUGUCAAUAUGUUUAUAAUUCUUCCCACUCAUUUUCAAACUUAUUUUGGUAUAUUUCCUUUAUUUUUCGUGUGUUUUAUUUCUUCUUUUUGUGCAAGAUGUAGCCUACAUUAAUUCAACCAACGACUGUCUUCUGAACAUCUGUCCAGUCAGUCUUCCUCAUGAUUGUGUCACCCUGACCCAGGGUGAGAGGCUCAGGAAACCUUUGCAGGUGCUUUGGUUAAUUAGUUGAUUAGGGUGGGACACCAGGAGCUUCCAAUAAUGUACUUCACACUGGCUAAUCUAAUUUUGGGAGACACUUUGGGUUUCCAUUGUCUGUAAGCCAUGAUUAUCAAAAUUCCAAGAAACACAGACUUGGAAUAUAUUUGUGUAAUGAUUCUAUAUGAGCUUCACUUUCUAAAAUGACAAAAACGAUUGCACUUUUACGUAAUAUUCAGAUUUUUUCAGACGUACCAGUUACCCUGGCGGGAAUUUACAGUUUUUGAAAUGGCAAAAUAUUCGCCACUUUUUCAGUGCAAACACUUCAGGAGAACACAUUAUUCCGUCUUUCCUGUAGACCUUGAAUGCAGCACAAGUAAUGUCACGGAGACGAGGCGCACGCGCUUUUUUCCGGCUGUCUUGACACGCUCACGUGUUUUGUAAGAAUGUGUGGCUAGCCUAGGUUCAGUCUGGGGUUGCAAUCUGCCAGAAAACAACAACAAGAAGAAGAAGGUUCAGUCUGGACGAACAACCUGAUGGAAGAACAGCGCAUUUAACCUGAUACGAUAAUGGCCACACACAAUCUGGUGAAUGAUGCCCAAAAGCAGAGCUCCUGUGGGGCUGCAGAGAAUCGAGACUCCUCCAUCCAAGUAAGGAUAAUCCAAGUUCCAGCCAACUGUGGGCCCAUCACAGCUCAACAUGCAUCUCCAAGUUCGUCAAAGAGCAACUGUGUCACAAUGCCACAAAAGAUCCUCCACAGCGGUCAGGGGCACCAACCUACCUCCUCUACAAUCACAGUCCAAGGGUCUCACCUUUCUCCUUCUGUUGUGGUAGUUGCAAAGACGUCAACACCAGGAGGAGUGAGUCUAGGCAGCCAGCAUGUAGUAACCCCAGGGUUGCUACAUGCUGGCAAGAAGGUGGUUAUAACGGUACCACGAUCUGCCGUAUCAAACCAAGUUACCUCUACAUCACCGCAAAAUGCAUCUUCUCAGUUACCUACCAAUAUCCAGAUCCCAUCAGGUAUGAUGCUUAUCCGCAGUGACAGUGGUCAGCUGAUGAUGGUAUCUCAGCAGGUCUUGGCCCAGGCUCAACAGGGUCAAAGAAGUGUCAGUGGCCAAGCCCCCAAAAUACUAACUCAGCAGGUUCCUGCAUCUACAGGAAGUAUAAGUAUUGACAGCAAGGUCAAAGUGAUCAGGGUGGCAGCGCCCUCCAGCUUACAGACUGCGUCGGCCCAGAAGAGCGCUGUGGUGGUUGGUGUUGCUCCCAAAAUAGCGGUAAAUCUGGGCAUCAGUGCUGGCUCUGAACGAGUGAAGCCUUCUCACAUUGAGGCAAUCUCAGCAGAUACCAAAAAGGAGCCGGUGAUGACAGUCAGUCAGGAGACUCUGGAAAGUGUGAAAAAGUGUAAGAACUUCCUGAUAACACUGAUCAAGCUGGCAUCUAGUGAUACCAGGUCUUCCAACAUGGCUGACAACGUCAGAAGACUUGUCAGAAAUUUGCUGGAAGGAAAGCUAGAAGCAGAGGAGUUUACAGAACAGCUCUAUAAAGAGUUGAAGUCCACUCCUCAACCCUGCUUAGUGCCUUUCCUCAAGAAAAGCCUUCCUGCAGUACGCCGGCUUACUGCAGACCCCCAGCUAUUUAUUCAGGAAGCCUCUAUGUCCUCACAGCCCCCAAAAACUCUUCCCUGCAACACCAAACAGUCAACACCUGAUUCACGACACAGCAUGAAAACCAGCCAACAGGCACAGGGACUGACUCCAAGGCCUGGGUUUAUGACAUUAGCCAAGACUAAAAGUUACCUGCCUACAAGAAGCGAGCACGCCUCAAAACACUCGCAGGUCCAAUCAGGAAAACCACUUCAAGGGACCUUUUCAGUGAAGCAGGUGGUAUCUGCAACUGCAACUCACUCUACUAAAUGUACAUUUAAAGAGAAUUCCGGAUCUUACAAAGAAGAUGAUGAUAUCAAUGAUGUCGCCUUCAUGGCUGGAGUCAAUCUUGGAGAGGAGAAUGCUCGGAUAAUGACAACGAUGGUGGGCUCUGUGGUUCAGUCAUGUCAAGAUCAGCUCUUCCUCUCACCUCACCCUCUGCUCAGCCGAAUCCUUCAAAAGGGACUUGCACUGGGGAUAACUGAGGUUGGUCCAGAGGUGGUAGCUGUGGUUUCUCAUGCCACUCAGGAACGACUCCGUAAGCUCAUGGAGAAGCUCACUAUGAUGGCACAACACCGCAAGGUCUUCCUGACGGAGGAUCAGUGGCAUGUGAAAGUGAGUGAUGUCCGCCCUCAACUUCGCUUCCUGGAGGAAACUGAGAUACUAAGGAAGAAAAGGAAGGAUGCUCUGGAGAGAGAGAGGUUCCUGCGUUUGGCCAAGAGUCACUCUCAGACUGAGGAUCCUCAACUUCAGCAGCUUAAGCAAAGAGCCAGAGAGUUAAAGCAAGUAGAGGAAGCUCAGCAGCAGCAAAGAGAAGCCAACCUCACAGCUCUGGCUGCCAUUGGGCCUCGCAAAAAGAGACCACCGGAUCAGACUAAUAGUCAGGUGUCUGUGCUGCUCAGGCAGGGUGUUCAGAGGGUGACUCGGGUGAUACUUAAGGAUCUGCUGUUGUGUAUGGAACAAGAGGCCUCCUUACGGCACUCAUUAACGCUCUACAAAGCAAUGCUAUAAGUGGACCUUGUGGUUCUACUGGUUAUGGCUGAAGUCUUGAUUAUGUACUAUUAUUCUGUUUGUGAUACUCUUUCUGUUUGGAGCACACUGUUAUUGUUAAAUGACGUUUUGUUUCUUGUUUUAGUCUGAAAAGUGUUGAGCCAGUAAUGUCAAACAGCUAUGACUGAAAAACCUUCAGUCUUGUAAAAGAUGAAUAACACCUGGGUUAUAGAAACCCUGUGAGUUGUGUGGCUGCCAUUGUUCUGUCAACUAAGCUGAAAAGAUUUCUAUGUUGAACCUGAGCUCUUUUUUUGUUGUAACUUUUGUAGUUUCACUAUAAAUUGUGAGUCAGUCACAUCCCUCGAGUCUUUGGUCAUUAUUUGUCAUCUAGAAUGAGUGGAGGCUGCUGCUGACUGUCGGUACUGGCUAAACUAAUGUCACAUUUAAUGAAGGCUUCCAGAAAGAAGCAUAAAAAAAACCGUAUGUAGUCUUUUUCCUGGACGACUUGAAAUUUCAGUAAGCUGAAUAAUGGAAGGUUCCAAGAAGGACCAAGUAACUUGCUGCAUCCUUGAGCUAACAAACGGAACUGGUUACAGAAAUUCUGCGGUUACUGAGUUGGGGUAUAGGAAGGAUUAGGACUGUGAAUUUAGUAAUUCAGAGCCGACAAUUUAGAAACAACAAAGGAGCAAGGUGAGCUGAGAUGAGGCUUGAAAACUGUUGUUAAUCUAAGCAACUGUUUUCAAAUUAAAAACAUUUAUGUAUACUGGCCAAAGGCAAGUAGAGUAGCUAAAGAUUUUACCUAAGAGUAGCACUACAAGAUAUUUUUAUUUAGGUAAAAGUAAAAAGUAGUCAGCCAAGAAAUUACU